GAGGAAAGAACAGAAGACGUGGUAAGAAUGAAAAUGAAUCUGAAAAACGAGAGUUGGUAUUUAAAGAGGAUGGGCAAGGUGUGGAUAAACACGUCGGACAUUAUAUUGGUUGGCUUGCGAGACUAUCAAGACAACAAAGCAGAUGUUAUCCUAAAAUAUAAUGCAGAUGAAGCCAGAAGUCUGAAGGCAUAUGGUGAACUACCAGAGCACGCUAAAAUUAAUGAAACGGACACAUUUGGCCCUGGUGAUGAUGAUGAAAUCCAAUUUGAUGACAUUGGAGAUGAUGAUGAAGAUAUUGAUGAUAUCUGACCCAGAAACCUCUCUUCCAUUCCAAUUACUGCGGAUUGUUCUAGUUGGAUGUUUUUGAGUGAAGUCCUCCUGUUGAGAUAAAUAUCUCCCUUGGCUCCAACAAAAUGUAUUUUCAGUUUUAAAGUAUUUAUAUUCAUUCAGUAGAGGUCAACAAUGCUGCAUGUUCUGAGACACCUGAAGGUAUAAACUAUUCUUUGCCCGUAAAGAUGGUAAUUUACAGCCUUCGAGUUGGUUAUCAUUUUUUUUUUCCCCCUUAUAAUUUAUCAUGGUUACCUAAUUGAACAAACCCCACCCUUUUAGUUUAGGUGGGUGGUUCAGUGGCUCUACUGGACACCUUCAUUUAUUUGGCUCCGGUGUAAGACAUCAAUCUAGAUGGUGACCGACGCUUCUCACGUUUUACCAUGUGACCAGUUUUAUUCACCUUCUGAAGUGCAGUCCAUCCUUUGAUUCAUCAGCCUCUUUGCAAUUGUUUUAAACUGUUGUGGAGAGGCCUACCUACUGAAUACCCCUCUCAAUUUAUUUGUUUACUUUUUUAAUUAAAUACCAUUUUUUUUUGUCCUCCAAUAAAUGCCUAACCUGUUUCUCUUGUGUUUUUAAGAGCUAUAUAAAUAUUUUUUACUAUACAGAAAGUGCUUUUACCAUGCACUAGAUGACUUGCACACCAAAAGAGAGCCUUUGUUAUCGGUUUGUAUUGUGGUUGCUCUUUGUGAUUCUUGGACUGUUUAAUGCUUGAUCAUAUUUCACACAUUUCAAGAGGAGGCUUAUAUGAUAAAAUAUUAGGAUAUCACAUAAGCCUUAUCUAAAGGUAGUAAUGUUGGAAUGUGUUCCCGCCAUGUUAGAUGAUAAAAUUGUAUUUAGCACUAUCUCACUUGGUUUACCGUGUGUAUGAUCGGUAAUGGAAUUUAACUGAGCCAGUUUAUAUGCUACAGACCUACAGCAAUUUGAUAUUAUACAUUUAUUAUCUUUCCCUAGGCCCUUUUGGUGUGCAAGCUUCUCUUGGGUUGCAUUAUAUUGUAUAGUAUGUGAAUUGAAUUGUGUACAGAUUGAUAUUUCAGACUUAAAAGAGCAUAUGUUUCCUAAUCUUGCUUGAUUUGCCCAAAAUAUAAUGGAAAGAUGCCAUGCAACUUAUGAAUGGGAAAAACAUCCAAAAAACAUAAUAAAGAUUUGUGAAUACAUUAGGA